UUUUCAGUGUUUGGAGAGUCAAACCUACUGAGCAGAAAACUUAAUUCCGCCCAACUCAAUGACCUUCGACGACCUUCCCUAAGACAAUGGAUCGCUGCAAGAAAAUCCUAAAGCCAUUCCGAAGUCCCAAAGCCGAUGCUCGGAUGUCUCCGCCAACGCGCAAGUGCCCCGGGUCCCAGUACCUAUACCUGGCCUACACCACAACAACACUCAGGAACUUGAUGAUGGGGAACAGCAACGCCUCGGAAUUCCAAAAUGCCGUCGAAAAAUCAGCGAAAAAGACCCACCAGGGAGGCAGGCGAUGGGCAGGCAAUGGAGGGAGCUCUGGCGAAGACCCCCCGGAUUUCCUCGUGAAAUUAGCAAAGAUUCUUGUGCAAAAGUCUCUGGCUGAAGAUAAUAUAGAUGGCAUUACUGAAAAUGUAUUCCUUAAAUAUAUUUGUAAGGCCAACAAACCACUUGGUCACAGGCUGUUCCAGCACCUGGUUAAACACUGGCAGCAGGAGAACUCAAGCAAUGAAGUCCAAGAGAAAGCGAACUUUGGGGAUCUGUUGUCUAAGUCUGCAUUCUUAGCAUCUUCACACUAUAUUCUGGGACUCCUGUCGGAUAGUGAACAGUUGGAGUUCUACAUUCAGGUGUUUGCUGGAGACGAGGAAAAGAUCAGUCAAGGAGAUUUAUAUGAACUAGUCUUUGCUGCCUACCAUAUAAGCAAAGUUGCUCAUCAAACAUGCUGCCUUCCUGAUGAUAUUUUGAUGGCAGUUGUUAAAGCAGCAAUGCACGGGAAGGAGAGCGUGAGCAAGAAGUACCUGCAUAGCUGGGUCUCGCACAACUGCCCCCGCCUGGUCAUGUGGGUCCAUAAGUACAUCACACACAUGCUGACAGUGGGUCACCGCACCAUCCCUGAUAACACUAAUGAAGAUGAGGAUGACACAGAUACACCUAUCCUAGACUGUCCCAACAAGUCAUCCUGUAUCACAUUACACCCUGCUUUGAUCUGGCUGCUGACCUGCACCCUGCCAACCCUCUACAGCAAACAACAGAAGAGUCUCCCUGCCUCCAAUUCUCUCUUACUUGAUCCACACAUCUUCAUUGAUAGAAUGAUUUCUGCAGUAAGUCCUACACAUUGGGUUCCUCUCUAUAAUAGUGACAACCAUGGCCUCAGCAUUAACAGAUUCCAGCACCAUGUGUUUGGCUACAAUGGGCCUACACUGAUGUUCAUAACAGCAGAAGGAGGAAAUAUGUUCUGCCUUGCGAGUGACGAAGCCUGGAGAGAUUCAAAGCACUUUUGGGGAUCUGAUCAUUGUCUUUGCAUGCAUCUUACUCCCGAAUACAAAGUUAUUGAAAGUGGACCAAAGAUGAUGUACUUCAACAUAACGUCAAGGGGGUUUCCGACAGGCAUCCACAUUGGAACUGACAGUACAAACCGUGCUUUGACUAUGGACUUGAACCUCAGUUUAGUUACCUAUCGCAGAAUACCUUACAAGUUGUUUUCCAUAGAAGCAUGGGGUUGUGGAACUACUGAAGCUAAAGAGGCACAGAUGGAGCAGAAGAAACGGGAGGUGAGGGACUCUGAAAACAGGAGGAAGGUUAAUCUUAACACAGUAGACUGGGUGGACAACCCUGACCGAUACCUCUUGGAAUUAGCAGGGGGCAGACCCACUUAUGCGCAGUAUGAUAAAAAGACAAAUGAAAAAAAGACAAACACCUAAGAGCUCCAUAUUUAUAUAUAUAUAUUUUAGAUCAGUAGUUUCAUCCCCCAUUAUCCUAUGGACAGUGUUUGUUUUCCUUUUCUUGUUCUUUUUUUCAUAUAUUCAGGCUAUAUUAUUUUAUCAACAUUUAGUUCUUUGGCCUAAAGGGCUAGUGAUAAUGUAUUGUGUAAAUGGUUAUUGUAGAUAAAAGAUCAAAUAAUGAAAUAAUAUAUAUUUCAUUUAGAAGUUUAUGAUGAAUUCUGUAGAUAAAAAGUUCAUUAUCGCAUGUGUAUAUUUUUAUUGCUGAAAUGGAAAACUCAUGCAAAUUAAUUUAUAUUUACAAGGAACCUUUUAAAAGUGCAGUAUUCCAUUUCUUUUCUGGGGGUUUUGUGUAAAUAAAAUAAGUUUUGAUAAUUAGCCAUAAGGUGCUAUAAAGUUGUCAGAUUUUAUUCCACUAAAGGUUGGCAGUGUUACAUACUGUUGCAACUGUGAUUGUCACCAUUUUUUCCAAAGGUUAUGUAUUUGUCAUGAAUUGUAGAAAUCAGUAUAGGAAAUGUAUAUUCAGUACAGUGUUACACAGAAUCUUUACUUUUUAUAAUAACUUUGUUGAUAGAACUUUUUAUUUUACUUAGAUAUGAUCUGUAGAUAAUAUUAAUGUCUUAUUUCACAUGAGAUCAAAGUGCCAUUGAAAAACAUUGUAAGCUAGAGUAAAGUUAUUUCACAAACAGCUGUCACAUUCACACUUAGAGAAAUUUAACUCACUGAUGCCAUAUACAUGUACUGUGCAUUGUAGUUUUUCUUUAUUUUGUCUGUACGUGGAUGGCUCAAGAAGCACCUAGUCACCAUGGAGUCAAUUACUGGAUCUACCUGAUCUCAUGUCUGUACUCCGUUCCAGGAAUUUUUAGGAAGAAAAGUCUUCAUAUUUAUGAUUGUUAUUAGUAUUAAUAGGGUUAUAAUCACAAUCAUGAUAUUGAUAAUGAUUCAAAUUUUUUCCGGAAAAUUCGAAGUUAAUGAGCAAGAUCAGUUAGGCUUACCACUUGACUCCUUAAUGACAAGUUCUUAUGAAGCCAUCAUUGUGUAGACAAAGUUAAUAAAACAAUUGCAAUGGCCAGUGCAAAUAGGCAGGAUCAUUGGCGUAAGUAAUAUUUGGCAUCAAGAAAUUGCUUACAUGCCUUAUAUGCUCAAUUGUAAAUACUCCCAACUUUUUUUUUUUUUU